AGCUUUUGUACAGUAAACCUGAGUCUCUAAUAUAUUAAGUGUAUAAUCUAUGAACCUGAGUAAACCAAAUCUAUACGUCUGACUGUAAAUAAUUAGUUUAUUUUCAACUUAUCUGAACUCAAACCUUGUUUUUUACUAUAGUAUGAUCAUAAAAAGUUAACUUUAAGAUACCAAAAUCUUACUAAUGUAUAUUUUGUGAUAAAUAUUAAUUAUGGGCUUUGAAAUCAAAAGGUUUCAAGGUGACGUCGAUGAGGAGCUUAUUUGUCCUAUUUGUUCCGGAGUCCUCGAAGACCCGUUACAGGCGCCUGCUUGUGAGCACGCGUUUUGUCGAGCUUGUAUUACGGAGUGGAUCAGUAGACAGCCUACCUGUCCUGUAGACCGGCAAACGGUAACCGCGAGUCAGCUAAGGCCAGUUCCAAGGAUACUGCGCAACCUUCUGUCCAGAUUAUGCACAAGUUGCGACAAUGCUCCACAUGGCUGUAAUGCCAUUUUAAAACUGGACUCUCUACCUAAUCAUUUAGUUGAAUGUGAAUUUAAUCCUAAACGACCAAUACCUUGUGAGGCAGGAUGUGGACUGGUGAUACCAAAAGAUGAAUUAGCCCAACAUAAUUGUGUACGUGAGCUUAGAGCACUGAUAGCCACUCAGCAGGGGAAGCUGAAUGAUUACCAGCAAGAACUGGCUGAACAGAGGCUCGUUAUUAAUGAGCACAAACGAGAAUUGGCAUUAUUAAAGGAGUUCAUGAGAGCGAUGCGCGUGUCGAAUCCAACGAUGCGUGCAUUGGCGGAUCAGAUGGAGCGCGAGGAGGUGGUGCGCUGGGCCAACUCACUGGCCAGGGCGAGGGUCACCAGGUGGGGUGGCAUGAUCUCUACUCCAGAUGAUGUUCUGCAGAUGAUGAUCAAACGAAGUUUAUCGGAAUCCGGCUGUCCCCCGCACAUCAUAGACGAUCUAAUGGAAAAUUGUCACGAGAGGCGGUGGCCGCCAGGACUGUCGUCACUUGAAACUAGACAAAAUAAUAGAAGGCUAUACGAAAAGUAUGUUUGCAAGAGGGUGCCAGGCAAACAGGCGGUGCUGGUUCUUCAUUGCGACAACACACACGUCGACGAGCACAUGAUGGUGGAGCCCGGGCUGGUCAUGAUAUUCGCGCACGGAAUCGAAUAGCGGACUCUGAGGCGCUGCGUCGUGACGUCACGGCGCCCGCUCUACUGUACAGUGAUCUUUCAAUGAGUGUUCUGAAUGUUGCUUACGCAUAGGUGAAUUUAUUCCAACGUGGUAAAAGUCCUAAAUUUUAGUGCGGUGCAAUUGCAAUGAAUUCACUGUGCUCAGUGCGAGUUUCAUAACGUUCUCGAUAGCGUAAAAGUUAAGCCAAUUUUGUAUGCAGUUGGAACAGCGCCCCUAGCGGCAAACGUAGGCAAACGAUCCCAUUCCAUACAAAUAUGAGCUAACUUUUACGCUAUCGAGAACGUUAAAAAACUCUCACUAAGCACACAGAACUUACAGCGAAAUUAGUUGCUAAAACUGUGCAUUUAGCUCACGAAAAGCUAUUACAAUUAAGUGUUAAAUUGUUGUUGAAGGGUUGACUAUGCUGACAAGCAUCUCACUCACUCCAUACUGACACACGUGUUAAUAGUAAAGUUGGUUUCUGGAACUUUUGCCUUUGUUAAAUCGAAGGCAAAACGUUUACAAUAAUGGUCGCCAACAUAACUGUUGGAUUAUUUUCGGUCUUACAAAAAUCGUUCGGAUUUAUUUUUUAAAAAAUUCUUUUCGUGGGUAGUUUUUAUUUGGAAUACGGAACGGAAUCUCUACUAAUUUUUUAAGCAACAAAGCUAUUAAAACAAAUCCUAUUCAAUUCGAUUCAUGAGUAUCCGACUUUUUGGUACUAAUCUCGAGCACCGUUGAAUAUGACAUACGUGAGCAACAUUCAAAAUUUUGUUUUUCAAGUAAAUAUGUACAUGUAUUAACGUCACAAUACGAUUGAAAAUAGUCAAAUGUGUCAUGCGGUUUUUCGUAUCGAAUUUAACUGCUGACGAAUUAUAUUGUUUUAAGAAACAGGGUGUAAAGGAACCGCUCCCGAAAAGACCAUUUGUAUCGGUUGUUUCAAUGGAAAAUAAUAUUAAUUUGUAAAGACAAACGUAGACUUAUCGUUCGUAGACAACAUGCAUGCAACGGCACUUUUAUUUUCCCUAGCUAUGCUGAUAAAGCUGAUAGCCUUGAGAGGCCAUUUCAGCUUCACCCUAGCGUGUAGGUGAGCCGUCGGGGCUCAAACCGGGGCGUUGCUAACACUGGCCCUAGCAAGAGCCGUGCUUCGCAGAAUCUAGCGCCGGAUCGGAAACGCGACCCACUGAGAAGAUUCGGCGAGAAACUCAGUGGGCUUAGAUGAAGUGAGGACGUACAUUGCGCGCGUUGAGACUGAUGCCACCGCAUGUCUUCCGAGAUUAUUUCUGUUUGACAAUUAAGACUACUUUUUUCGAUUUAUCAAAAAACUUAAAGUACCGUAUUACUUUUUUUACCGUGGUAAACCGAGUCUGUAUGGGCUUUUAAAACAAAUUGAACACAGAUCUCGUAAUAAAAGGAAUGAAACGAUCCGUUAAGUCUAUGGAAGCUUGCAGUGCGAAUAGGUUAAUAUACUCGCAGAGUGCGUUUCUGUACGAGACUGCUGUUUUGGGCUAGGUACUGCACAAUAGGACUUACAUACGAACAUUCGUAAAGUUAAAAGUUUUGGGAACACUUUGAGUAUUCGGUAGUACAACAACUACGCGCCUUCGUUUUCGAGAGUGGUUCCAUAAAACUGUUUGAAUGGAGCAGCGAAUUAUUUUAUAUAAAAUAUAGUUGAUUUUUAUGUUUUCAGAGAAUAUUAAGUUGUGCGUUGAAGGAUAGGUACAGGGGCAAAAUAAGAAAUGUCAUAGUGAAAACAGGAUUAAAUGUAUUUGAGGUUUUAAUAUUUUUAAUAAAACACUAACGAUAUCAGCUUUAUUGUACACAUAUUUUUAUUUGGUAAACAUUAUGAAUUAGAAAAUACAAAGGGAGUAACAUUUUUAAUGGAGUUUUGGGUGGUGCGAACGCUGCCACUUCAAGGACGCCUGAUGGUUUCGUCGUUGAAAACGAUUCUACGUCUCUACCCACAGACGACCGGUCAGGUAGCAUAGGUCGAUUUGCGGCUGUUUCGGAAUAUCCCUGGACCUGUCUGCGGAUCGGCAUGCGGUACACUGCCCACUGGGCGCUCUUAUGUGUCAAUACUGGUAUGGGUUAGAGUAACCGUACAUAAUCUAAAAUAUUCAUGCAUAAUACUGUGAAGUUUGAGUUAUUGCUUGUUUGAGUUAUUUACUGGAAUAACUGUGGAGGUAGAACGAUAAAUAACUCAUCUUAAUUGGAAGCGAUUUUUUUUGUUUCAAGUUCACAUUGUAAGGGGUAUCUCCAUUAUAUGUUACGCUUUAGACGAAAUAGAAUGUGAAUAUAGAUUAAUAAAAUACUAAUUGAAUUGCGAAACUUAACAUCACUACUUUAUCGAAAAAGGCAGGCACUAUUGGGCCUGAUGAUAUGUUUGGUAUUUUUGAGGUGAUGACUUAGGUUUGUGCAUCGGUAACGCGACCAUGCAAACAUAAAACUAGGUUGAACUGGAGCGCAGUCUCUUAAUAGUAAUCACUCAGUAACUCAGUUGCGGUAGGCAACGGAUAGUCUGUGUCCUAAGCAUUGUUCUUGAGCGACGGUAACCCUUCAUAAUCAGGGGGGCCGUAUGCUCAUCUGCCUACAAGGGCAAUAAAAAAACACAUCAUGUAUGUUCGUAAAAAUACCAAUGCGUUCGAUUGUGACUUCUGAAUAUAGGCCUUUUCUAAUACUGUUUUAAAGAGAAGAGCCGAACACCGAGCUCGGUGUUACGUAUUAACAGUGUAGGUAUCAGAGUUUAUAUACUUUUCGGAAAUAAUGAAAUCAACAUCAGGAAAUCGAAGUAUUGCCAUACUAAUUUACUCUGCCCCCUGUAACCUUGAAUAUUAUUAAAAUAUGUGUUAAUUUUUUUGUUUAGCUAAAUUUGUGUUUAGGAAAGUGAUAAAAAUGUUUGUGUUUACAGAAAAAUAUGUAAGAUCUCAAGGAUUGCAAAAGUUUAUUGAAUACAAAUACAUUAUUGUAAAUAUUAUUUUUUCUGUGUGUUUUUUAGAUUCUAAUGAUUUAGUGCGGUCUGUUUUUUUUUUCUAAAAUUGUAAUGUCGACAUUCUUAAAAAAUGAAAUUCCUUUUCUGUAAAAAAAUUAUGUAUUAAAAUCAGUAUUUUAGAAAUGAUUAUAAUGUACUUGGAUCAUAACAUUCCAAAAAUAGACUUCACAGCAUAUCUAAAUUUGUCAGUAGUAUUUUUAUAACAGAGAUAGAUUAUGAGUGCUGUGUUAAAAUUAGGAAGUGAUUUAUAGUUUUCUGGCAUCUUUAUUGUAGUAAUUGUUACGUUUUACUUUAUAAAAUAUUCUGUAUAGCUUAUUUUAAUUUCUCUGAAAUUUUGUACUUUCAUUAAAAUGUUUAUGUACAUACUUAAUAUCUA